AAUUGAAUUUUCUUACAAGAAAGUCGCAAAAACCUUUAGAAACUUAAAAGUAUUAAUUAAAAAUGAUGGAAACGAAAUCAAGUAGCAACUUCGAAAUUCUCAGUAUGGAACAGAAACGAAAUGGAUUCCACGAAAGAUAUUUAUCGAUCUGCAAAGCAAAAAAUUUAACUCCAUUACCCGAAUUGAAAACGAGACAGAAACAAAGUUAUGUGCUUGAUUUUCACGCUGACAGAGUAAAGGUUGAUGAUUGGAUUGCUAUAACAAGCGCAUUAAAGAAUGACCAAACACUCACGUUUCUUGCUAUUCGUUUGCGUCGUAACAAUGAAACCAUUUUUGAAGAUUUAGUGACAGCAAAAAAAGCAAAAUCAAUAACUGCAACGCAUCCCGUGAUUUACUCAGCUUUUGUGCUUACGGAGAUUGUACAAUCGUUGGAAAAAUUGCUGAAGAAAAAUGAAAUUCUGAAGACAUUAAUAAUUGAAGGACUUCCAUUACGUGGACCCUACAUGACAACAUUUCUUAAAGGUCUAACUCAUAACAAAUCUAUUACAACGAUUAGUUUAUCUCGAAGUAGAAUAGGAGAUGCAGCAUGCAAUCAAAUUUGUUCAACAGUCUGUCACAACUUAAAUAUUGAUACUUUAAAUUUAUCAGGAUGUGAUUUAGGAACGGAAGGGGCCAAAUCGGUAGCAAAUCUUAUAAGACAUCAAAAAAUUCAGAGAUUUUCUGAGGCUUGGGCACAUUCAUUACGAUAUCGUAAUGUCGAUGCAGACAGCUUUGGAGGGUUGAAGAAAAUAAUAAUUAAUAAUAAUCCGAUGGUUACUGACGAAGGUUUAAUGCCCUUGACAGAAAUUUUGCAAGAAGAUGUUUGGAUUAAAGACAUUGAAAUGAUGAACUGUGGUUUAACUGAUAAUGGCGCAAUGCUUAUAGUUAAUUGCCUCACUAUUAACAAAACUAUCUUAAAUUUCAACAUUAAUGGAAAUCCCAACGUGUCUGAUCAUUUACAUCGUCACAUUUCUAUGAAACUCUGUGAUGGUAGCGAUAGCGGCUCUGAUUCCAACGAUUCUGGUGUGGCUUCAACAACCAUCAGUAGACAGAAGUUACUGGAAAAGGUUAAAUAUCUUGAAGAUCAAUUAGAACUUGAAAUCUAUCGACGUAAACAAGCUGAACAGUUGACUGAGAAAUUGCAAAGUCAAGUCGUUGAAUUCCAACAACGAUUGAAUAUCCAGAAUGCUUUAAAGGUUCCCGAAGGAUUUACAUUGAUUGAAGAAAGUUCUUUGACAAAAAUAUUGAAAAGGAAUGAAACAAAAACUGCAAGACGUGUCAAGCAUAAAAUCUUUACAUUGAAGAAUACAAAAACUGGUCUGAUAAUGAAACCAAAUGUUAACUAUCAAAAUCACGAUGCUUCAGAAUCAAAUGAUUCUGCCAAAGAGAAAAACUUCUUUGUCGAACGGAAUAUUGGCGACAACAUUGAAAAUAAUUCGGAAAAUAUUUCACAAUUGAAUUCAUGCGAGCAAAUAAAUGGGAAUGAUUUAAUUGCCAUGUUCGCCAAAAAGAAGCCACCACAAGAUGUUCAUUUAACUGAAACUGGAAUAGAAAGCUUCAAUCCCAGAAAUUUCUUUGUAAAAAGUGAAAAUCGAGUGCCCCCAAAUUCAGCUGAAUCAACCUAA